CAGGGCUGCACAGCAUGGCGCACAAGAGAACCAGUGUACUGAGGGGCCUGCUCCUCUCCAGCCUUCUGCAGCUCACACUGAGCCACGAUGGAGUUUUCCUGGAAAAGGGGCAGGCACUGUCACUGCUCAAGCGCCCACGACGUGCCAACAAGGGAUUUCUGGAAGAGAUGCUCAAGGGAAACCUGGAGCGAGAGUGCCUGGAGGAGACGUGCAGCUACGAGGAAGCUUUUGAAGCCCUGGAAUCCACAACUCAGACGGAGGCAUUUUGGUCAAAAUAUCAAGCGUGUCAGGGCCUGAGAAAGUCCAGGGCACUUCUGGAUGCUUGUCUAGAAGGUAACUGCUCUUAUGAUCUGGGCCAGAACUAUCGGGGGACAAUCAGCUACACCAAAUCAGGGAUUGAAUGCCAAGUGUGGACAAGCAAAUACCCACACAUACCUAAAUUUAAUGCCACCGUUUAUCCCAACCUCAUUGAGAACUACUGCAGGAACCCAGACAACAACACAGAGGGCCCGUGGUGCUACACCCGAGACCCAACGCUGGCACGGGAGGAGUGCCCCAUCCCAGUGUGUGGUCAGGAAAGGACAACAGUUGAAUUUACUCCACGGGUGACCCCACCAGCCCCGACGGAGCCCUGUGAGCAAGAGAAGGGCAUGCUUUACACUGGGACCCUCUCAGUCACCAUAUCUGGAGCGAAGUGCCUGCCUUGGAACUCUGAGAAAGCCAGGGAGGUGCUCCGUGGGAAACACCUCGACCCGGAGGUGCAUCUGCUGGAGAACUACUGCCGGAACCCGGACGGGGAUGACGAAGGCGUCUGGUGUGUCACAGAUGAGCCACCCAACUUUGGCUACUGUGCUCUGCACUACUGCGACAGCUCGCUAGAGGAUGAGAACGAACACUCAGAAGGAAUAUCAGGACGUUCCACCCGUCCUGGAGAGUUCAAAACCUUCUUUGAUGACAAAACUUUUGGUUCAGGCGAAGCAGACUGUGGUACUCGUCCUUUAUUUGAGAAGAAAAAGAUAACAGACAAAAGUGAGAAGGAGCUGCUGGAGUCCUACAUAGGAGGCAGAGUUGUCCACGGGGAUGAUGCAGAAGUUGGCAGCUCCCCCUGGCAGGUGAUGCUCUUCAAAAAGAGUCCUCAAGAGCUGCUGUGUGGUGCCAGCCUCAUCAGUGACAGCUGGGUCUUGACAGCUGCUCAUUGUCUUUAUUAUCCACCCUGGGACAAGAACUUAACCACAAAUGACAUCUUGGUGCGGAUUGGCAAGCACAUAAGGUCAAAAUACGAAAAGAAUAAAGAGAAGAUUGCUCUGUUGGACAAAAUCAUCAUCCAUCCCAAGUACAACUGGAAGGAGAACAUGGACCGAGACAUUGCACUCAUGCACUUGAAGAGACCCGUCAUUUUCAGUGACCACAUCCACCCUGUCUGCCUGCCUACCAAAGAGGUCGUGCAGAGGCUGAUGCUGGCAGGUUACAAAGGGAGGGUAACUGGUUGGGGAAACUUGAGAGAAGCAUGGGCCACCACCCCAAGCAACCUCCCCACGGUUCUGCAACAGCUCAAUGUGCCCAUUGUAGACCAAGACAUCUGUAAAGCAUCCACCAAAGUUAAAGUCACUGAUAACAUGUUCUGUGCAGGUUACCGUCCUGAAGACUCAAAGAGGGGAGAUGCCUGUGAAGGGGACAGUGGGGGACCUUUUGUAAUGAAGAACCCAGAUGACAACCGUUGGUAUCAAGUGGGAAUAGUUUCCUGGGGAGAAGGCUGCGACCGAGACGGCAAAUACGGAUUUUACACCCACGUGUUCCGCCUGAAGAAGUGGAUGAGAAAAGCCAUUGAAAAACAUGGCCAGUAGAGGAAAGGUUGCCCUUGCUUGCUCUCA